AGAUAAAAGGAAAGGCCUCGAAAAUGAGUUAAUGGUGAUGAGAACUUAAAAAGGUAGGACAGUUGAGCAUCGCACAACAUCUGGAAUUCAAGACUCGAAAUUAAUGAGCCGCGAAUUUCUUUAUCUCUGGUUGUAGUCUGUCACAGUAUCCACAGCGAUUUGCAGAAACUGGACGGAGACUGGUGAGAUAUGUCCACUGCCUCAUCUGCUCUGGCGCUCCGCCUCCCCUUUGCUUCCCCAAUCACCACCACCACCAAACUCACUUACCCAAUACGUAGCUCACGUUGGUCUACAACUAGUGCGAGGCUUGUGGGUUGUGCUCAUGCUGCCAUUUCAGGAAGAGGGCAAGGCACCUUUGAUCCAGAAUUGCGUUACGUACUUGAACUUGCGACGGACUCUGAGUUAUAUGAGCUUGAAAGAAUCCUUUUUGGCCCUAGCUACUUCAGCCCUUUGCUGAAAUCUAUAAUGAGCAGAACCAAUGUCGACUAUGCAAUGAUUGAAGAGGAUCUUGAAGAGCGAGAGGAAUUUUUAUCCACAUUAGAAUCGCAAUUCUUAUUCCUCGCAGCUGACGCCCGGUCAACAUUAAGGGGUUGGAGGCCAUCAUAUAGGAAUGUCUUGCUUGCAGUGAGAAAAGAGUUGAACAUUCCUUGCUCAAGCAAAUUGUCAACUGAAGACCUUGAAGCAGAGAUUUUCCUUCAUCUAUUGCGAGACUAUUCAAGUGAAGAAUCAGGAAGUUUCCAGGGCUUGUUGGAAUUCUCUGAGCCCUCUGAUGCUCAACAUAGUCUUCAACUUGGACUCAGUCAAUGGAAGGUGCAGGCCCUUACUGCUUUAAAAGUCAGCGCAACAGAGCUCCGAUCAAUGUUUUUGAAGGGUGGCGGUAUCUUUACUUUGGCAAAGAUUUAUCAGUUGUUAGCUAGAAAGUUAUCUGGGAAGGUGUUCCUAGAAGCUGCCAACUAUCAGCUAAAAAGUGAUUUUGUCAGAAAGGGUGGACAAUUAGCUGCUAUUAAUCUAGAGUCCAGAGCGGCCUUUCUUGCAGCAAAACAAGGUUUUGCAGGGGCUACAUCAAGAUAUCUUGGUUUAAGAAGCGUGAUGGCUUUGCUUGGCCCAGUGCUUUGGGGAACAUUUCUGGCAGAUGUGGUCAUUCAAAUGCUAGGAACUGAUUAUGCAAGAAUCUUGCGAGCAAUUUAUGCUUUUGCACAGAUCCGUAUCACUCGCACAUACAGGUUACCGCCUGAUUACUGAAAAGCUUUGCAAUUUUGGGAGGUAAAUGUGGAUGGUCAUCAUUUUAAGCAGAGAUUUGUGGUCAAGAUUAAUUACUCUGUAUGUAUGUACAUAUAGUUUUGCAGUUAAAGUUAAACUACCAGUCUGCUUGUGUUGAUAAUUUUUGCAUGUGUAAGAAGUAACAGUAAAAGCUGAAAAGAUUAUGUACUCUGUGGUGCUAAAUUGAUUGAGAUGUGUGGAUCUGCUGCUUCCAUU